AAUUAAUUCUCAAUUAAUUCAAGCAAUUGCCCGAAUAUGUCAAGCCAAAAUGAAUUCAGAAAGGCGCAACAAGCUGAAGGCCCAGCGGCAAUAUUGGCCAUUGGGACUGCUACACCUCCUAAUCGUGUGCUCCAAAGCACGUUUGCAGAUUACUACUUCCGUGUUACAAAAAGUGAUGGCUUGAAAGACCUUAAAAAGAAAUUUGAGCGCAUUUGUGAUAAAUCUAUGAUAAAAACACGAUACAUGUACUUGACCGAGGAAAUCUUGAAGGAGAAACCGAAUAUAUGUGCUUACAUGGCGCCGUCCCUGAACGAAAGACAAGAUAUAGCUUUGGUGGAAGUGCCAAAGCUUGGCGAAGAAGCGGCAACUAAGGCGAUCAAGGAAUGGGGUCAGCCAAAGUCGAAGAUCACCCACUUAGUUUUUAGCACCUCAAGUGGCGUUGACAUGCCAGGAGCGGAUUACCAACUCACAAGACUCCUUGGCCUAGAUGCGUCUGUAAAACGCUUUGUACUCUACCAGCAAGGUUGUUCUGCCGGUGGUUCAGCCAUUCGUUUAGCUAAAGACUUAGCGGAGAACAACAAGGGGGCCCGUGUCCUGGUUGUUUGCUCGGAGAUCACUGCUGUAACUUUUCGUGGGCCUAAUGAAGCCCAUAUUGAUAACCUUAUUGGGCAGGGUUUGUUUGGUGAUGGUGCAGCUGCCAUCAUUCUAGGGUCUGACCCAUUGCUAGAUGUCGAAAAACCACUUUUUGAGCUUAUUUAUGUGGCCCAAACAAUUGUUCCUGAUAGUGAGAGUGCAAUUAACGUAAACUUACGUGAGGCUGGGCUUAUAUUUCAUCUCCGUGAAGACGUUCCAAGACUUAUCUCGAAGAACAUUGAAAACAGUUUGAUUGAAGCCUUUGCACCCUUGGGCAUUUCUAAUUGGAAUUCACUUUUUUGGGCUAUGCAUCCAGGUGGACCUGCAAUCUUGGACCAAGUGGAGCAGAAACUAGCCCUUCAGCCCGAUAAGCUACGAGCCUCACGACAGAUGCUUAGUGAAUACGGCAAUAUGUGGGGUGCUUCUGUUCUUUUUAUCCUAGAUGAACUACGAAACUAUUCGGCUACAAGUGGGCUAAAUACCACCGGGGAGGGUCAGAAAUGGGGCGUGUUAUUUGGUUUUGGACCCGGCCUCACUGUGGAGACAGUGGUCCUCCGUAGUGUGUCCAUUUAAUUGGAAUCACAAGCGCGCUAUCUAUGAUUAUUAUUAUUAUUAUGCUUUAUAUCCUGUAUGUUGCUCUACCGGGCUUUUUAGCUCUAUUACAACUUUUAAAGAUAAUAAAAUGAAUAAAUGACUUAUUUGAGAA